AUUAAUUUGUUCUUCACAACUAAUCAUGGAAAAAUAAAUCGAUUCUAUAUUGCACGAUUAACAAUAUUUCGAACAGUGACCAUUUAAAUAUCUCACCUCUUUCUCCAUUGAAAACAUAUAUAUCUGUGAAAUCUUGUGCUUUUGGCUUUUUAUUUACUUUCCUUAACGCUGCUGAAUUUGAAUGUUUCAAUAAUUGUCAUUCCAAUUUCUUUUGCUAUUUUAUUAUAUUCUGUUAACUCUCAUAGUCUAAUGUCUAAUAUAAUUUAAAUUGUAAAUAGCUAAACAUUCUAUUAACACCAGAUUCCAGUUAUCAUGAUUAUAAAUCCACCUUAAUCUAUAAAUACUAUUAAUCAAUCGGAAAGGAAAUUACCAGCAGAACCAUCAGAUGAGGAAAAGGAAAAAGAUUUCAAGAAAAGAUUCAAUCAACACCAAAGAAGAAACGAAAAUGAUUGAAAUUAACGAAAUCGAAAUGACCAAUCAUCAGUUAAUCAAUGUAACCAAUAAUUACCAAUCUUAAAAACCAAAGAAAACGCCAUAUUAACUAAUCUGGAACUCAACAAUUAACUCAUUGGGGAAUGAUAAUAUCUUCAUUCAAUCUCUGAUACAUUUACAUGAUUAGGAUUUUCAAUCAUAAGUUAAUUAGCUGAUAUAAAUCCAAUCGAAUUGAAAUGGAAAAAUUGAAUCGAUUAACGAUACAAUCAACCUCGGUUAAAUAACCUUCUCUAAUGAUUAUUAUUAUUUAUAUCACGAUGAUUACUAGUUAUUGAAAACUUGAUUAACAACUCGUACAGAAAUUUAAUCGCCAUGGUUAAAACUCCCUAAGGCAAUUUAACUACAAAAAAGUUUUCCCUUUCAGUUGAUUAGAUUUAGUUACCAUUUUGAUUUCCAAUAAGUUUGUUGUACUUUAAAUGUUUAAUUUAACAAACAAAAGGACCAGAAAUACAAAAUUAAAGUUAAUUAAGUUAUAAUACAAUACCUAAUUAAGAGUUAAUUGUUUAAAAUUACCUUUAAUUAUUAUCAGUGAAUUUUUAUUCAUUUCUCUUGGCGUUUCGGUUAAUUGUUGUCAUCAUUUAAUUACAGUCAAUUAGGAGACAGUAAACAAAUUGUUUCUUGUUUUGUGAAUAAACAACAAUCAACAAAGUUACGAUUCUCAUACAAAUCAACAAUCAUGUCAACUAAUUGUGACAAUAAUAAUAAGCAAAUUACUAAUAAAAGUGGUCCCCUUGUUAAGGAGAUGCAACAACGAUUUAGUCAAUUAAUCAAAACUGAUUCGGAACAAUUUGAUGAAGAAGACAUUAAAAGGAUAGCCGAAGAUGAUUUUUUCGUUAAGCGUUUUCUCAUCUCUAGAAAGCGAAACGUUGACGCAGCAUUUAAGAUGAUGAUCGGAACAUUAAAAUGGAUCAAACAGGAAAACUUUCGACGAACUGAGGCCAACACUUUUCCCGCUGAGUUUUACUUUAUCGGUGCUCUAUUUGAUUAUGAGCCCGAUCUUGAGGGUAACUUUACGAUUUACAUUCGAGUCAAAUAUAUACUUAGAUGUGGACUGGUACCUCAUGCGAUCUCUUGGGCGAGUAAAUUUUUCUACGAUCUCGAUAUUAAACUCCAAGGUGCCUUCUACACGGUACUAAUUGAUUUCCAAGGAUGUGGCCUGAAAAACGCUGAAUUUGAGUUCAUCUGGCAUGCAAUUAACGUCAUGAGAACCUAUUUACCAGCCUGUUUAAAGCAAAUUCUGAUAAUUGAUUUACCCAAGAUCUUUAAAUUUGGUUGGGCGAUUGUCAAGAAAUUAGUACCCGAAAGUGAACGGUCAAUCCUUGUGUUUAUUUCGAGACCUGAGAUUUUCAAUUACAUUGCCAAAGAAAAUGUUCCCGAUUUCCUUGGUGGAUCGUGUUCUCGACCCAAUCAAGGUCCAUCAAUGGUACCCGAAGGUUGUCCAACCGCAAUUGAAUAUGGACUUUCCAAAGGUGUUCCUCUUGACCAGUGCCUUAAAAUGGUCAAAAUAUAUGAGCCGAUAAUCAGAGAGUACAAUUUAUUUCAAAUGGCUGAUACCAAUGGCGAUUUAAUUGAGAAAGUUGAAUCACAAUUUAAAAGUCUCUCUCAAGGUAAACCAUUAGAAAAUCCAUCACUAACUGUUGAUGAUCAACAAUCAACUUAAUUCUCAAUUAAAUGGAUCAAUUUAAAU